CUUUGGCAUCUGCCGAUGCGUCCACUGCUCCCGGCCCCCCGCUGCAUAAAUACCUCCUCUCGCGGCCCAUUCCCACCUCCCCCUCCUCGCCGCUCCGGGCUGACCAAGGGCUCGCCGCCUCCCGUGUCCUCCGACUCCGACAGGGAAAGGCGAAACCUUGGGUCGGCUCGCUAGUGGAGUGCAGGGUACGUUGAUGACGGAGCUGUGGAUGGAGGUGCUGCCGCCGCCCUACUUCGCGGGGCAGGCGGCGGGCGGGUGGUUCCUGCCGGACCGGCGGGCCGGGCCCGGGGCGUGGACGCUGGAGGAGAACAAGAUGUUCGAGCGCGCGCUGGCGAGGGUCGACUGGGACGCGCCGGACCGGUGGGAGCGGGUGGCCGCGUUGCUGCCCGGCAGGACGGCGUCCGACGUCGCGGCCCACUACGACGACCUGGAGUGCGAUGUCGGCUGCAUCGAGGCAGGCUUCGUGCCCUUCCCCUGCUACGGCAGCGGCGGCGGCGCGUCGCAGUCCGCCGGGUUCACGUUCGACUGGGACGCCGGCGGGCUGGGCUUUAAGCGCUCCUGCUACGUGGUCGGCGGCGGCAAGCGCGAGCGCGGGCCGGACCAGGAGCGCAAGAAGGGCGUCCCCUGGACGGAGGAAGAGCACAAGCAGUUCUUGAUGGGCCUGAAGAAGUACGGGCGAGGGGACUGGAGGAACAUCUCGCGCAACUUCGUGACGAGCCGGACGCCGACGCAGGUGGCCAGCCACGCGCAGAAGUACUUCAUCCGCCUCAACUCCGGCGGCAAGGACAAGCGCCGCUCCAGCAUCCACGACAUCACCACCGUCAACCUCCCCGACGACGACGCGGGCGGCACCGCCUCCGCCUCGCCGCCCUCCGUGCUCACCUCCGCCUCCGCGCCCUCGUCCACCGGCGGCGGCGGCCCGGUCGUCUCCGAGCAGUUCGGCGUGCUCGUCGACAGCAAGCCCCCGGCGCCGCACCACCACUUCGUGCCGCACCCGUACGGCAACGUGAAGCUCGAGCCCGUCAGUUCCCACCACGGCGGGUUCCUGGACGACUCUGUCCUGAUGCAGAUGCACUGCGGGCAGCUGCAGCCUCUCGGAUGACUGGUUGUUUGUGCAGCAACAAUGGUAGAAAGAGGGAAAUGCCUCUCGUCUCUUUGGCCAGUUACGAGGGGUGGAGGGUACCAUACCGCUCUGUUGCGUUGCGCGUGUCUGUUGUUGGAUUUCAAUCAGGCAAAUAACAUUUGGGUACAGCACACAUUCUUGUCAAGGGUGGAUGGCUCAUACAGACAGCUCCGAGCUCAGCGCAGCUCGCAGCCGAGCGCUAGCGUUCUGCUGCAGCUGAAGUCACUGAACUGAGCUCCCUCGCGUGUGUUCCAGAGACGGGAGGAAGAGGGUGAAAAAGAAAAAAAAAACACACACACACACACAGUAGAAGAUAUGGACAAUGGGAUCUCUGCAUUUCGGCUAUGCAUGUGUAUACAUAAGCCCACGCCCGCUGUGAAAUAAUUUCCUACUGUGAUUUGUUUCCUGUGUUAUGGGAAGCACACUGCUAGAUGUUGUGAUUGAUUACGCUAGCUAGCCCUUUCUUUGUAGUAGUGAGGUAUUGGUCGGUUAACGUCAUGUAUUUCGACAGCGAGUAGCAUCAGCAGCAUGCUGUCUGGUGUCUUGUAAUGGUUUUUUAUCUUUAUAAGCUGGGGAUGUAUUAGCCUCUGAUUGACCCGCCCUUUUUUUAAUUAAGUAUUAAUCGUGAUGGUGAUGAAAGGGUUGUAGUUUUCAUC